CUUUAAGACACGUUCUCAUGCAGUCAAGCAACAAAAGAUCAUCAAGUGUUGACGAAUCCAUGAUAAUAAUGACAUAUGCCUUUGGGGGAAUAACUGCUGCCAUAUCUUUCAUAGUCCUUCCAAUUCCAGUAAUUCGUCAAUACAUUUGUAAAAACCUGACAAAAGGCAACUUUGUAUACUUAUAUUGAGAUGUUAUUUAGUUUUGGGUAAACAUUAUGGUUGUUACGCUCAUCGGGCAUAGCGCAUUUAUUUUGUAUUAUCUUUACAAGAUUCUGGAGUACACUAAUGGACGUUAUGGAUGGAUGUUGGUCACAGUUCUACUCCAUGUUUUGAUUGCAAUUGCACCUGAGCGGUUCUCCAGAAUGGUUCCUGAUGUAAUUUACACAGUUUUGUUCAUGUAUGGGGUGGCAGAUCUGCCAGUGGUCAACUCUGUAUCUCUUGUUACAGAAUUAAUACUACAAGUGUACAAGGGGGAGAGAACAGUGGAGGAUCUACGUGUAAUAGUGCUGCCUUUUGAAAGCAUUAUGGCUGGUGUUUGGCUGAUUUUACAGAUUUUACAUGCAUACUGGGCAGUUCAAGGUAGAGAUGUACAACAGGAGCUGUAUGUGCUGAGGGACCUUGUGACAGAGUGCACACCACAGCUAGGAGACAUUGGUGAAUCAGAUGUGCUCUCUGAAAAUUGCCUUUCUGAGAGCAAAAGAUGUCAGCCAGAAGCAACACAAUUCCUGGGAGAGAGUGAACUAGACACAAAGGUUUAAGAUCUUUAAAGCAAGACCUUAACACCAUGCAUCAUGGACUAAUGUUAUCCCUUUAUUAUAUUUAUUUAUUUCAAUUGCAUUAUUAAAUAGAACUAUUUAACAAUUAGGUUUCAAUUAUUUUCAUACAAUGUUUGUCUAAUACAUUUUAUAGAAUUGUAUAGUUAAUAAAAAAAAGAAAAAAAUAUUACUGUUUUUCCGAUCUUGUUAUGGACCUUGAGACUUGGUACCUAUGAUAUUCUACAGUAUGUCACUAUUUUAUUUUAUCUCCUCUAUUGUUCUUACCUCCACAAUAUUUACAGUUAUUUAUUCCUAUAUUCUUAAUCUGACUGCAUGGAUUUCAUCACUGUCUGUUUUUUAACAUCGAAUCAUGUUGCUAUUUGAACAACAUUCCAAAAUUUCUUCUGAAAACAUGCAGAGUGACCCUAAUAAACAAAUCAAUAUGCCCUACUUCCUCUGAUAUGCUUCUCGAGCCAAGAAAGAAACAGAAAACCAAUCUGCAGCAUCACGACACUGCUGAGAACACUCAUUGGCUGAGAAAGCAGAGGCAAGCUGUGUGUGUGUAUGCAGGGAGAGACUGUGUACAGUAUGUGUGCCCUUUAUAAAGCAGACUGCUCUGCAGCAUUUCUGAACUGGUGCAGUGCCGGUUCAUCUCCACUAAUGGUGUGCAGAACAAGGGGGACUUAAAGAGAACAACUUCUCAACCAACAAAUCAACAUAAUUUGAAAACCAAACAAAAAAGCAACAAAAACAUCCUGCAUUAUGAGCUUCAACCUUUUCAUUUCUUCCUCCCUGUCCCGACGAUGGGAUGACUCCCACACCACCUACCGGCUCUCCCAAGGGCACCUCUCUUCCUCCAGGUGGCCAAUGCGUUUGGAGCCAUUGCAGCGCUGGGAGCAGAUGGACCUGAGUCAGGUGAGUGUAGUGAAUGCAGAGCUGCUGGAGCUGCGGGCCCAGGAAAGAGAACAGUUGGUGGGGCUAAACAACCGCUUUGCAUCCUACAUUGAGAAGGUGCGCCACCUUGAGCAGCAAAACCGGGCACUGCUUCUGCAGCUGGAGGCCCUACGGCGCAGGCAGAGUCAGCCCUCCAGGGUGCAGCAGCUCUACAUACAAGAAGUACGGGGGCUCAGGGAGCAGUUGCACCAAGAAGCCCAGAUUAAAGCAUGCAUGGAAGCGAAGAGGGACCAGCUGCGGGAGACCCAUGCACAGCUGCACGAACGCUUGGAGGAAGAGGCACGCCUGCGUAUUCGGACAGAAGAAGACUUGCAGCGGCUGAAGGAGGAGGCAAGCAGGGCCAUGCUGUGCAGCAGUGAUGCAGAAGCCUGUUUGGUCUCCCUGGCGCAGGAGUUGGCAUUCCUGAAGCAAGUGUUUGCAGAGGAGAUAGAGGGGCUGAGGGUCCAGCUACAGGUGGCCAGCCUCAGUGUGGAGUUGGACACAAGCAGACCAGACCUGUCGGCUGCUCUCAGAGAGAUCCGAUCGCAGUUUGAGAGCCUGGCUGGACACAACAUGCAGACAGCUGAAGCCUGGUAUCAGGGUAAGGUGGCAAGUGUAGUGGCGCUGACUGAUAAACAGGAGAAGGCUGUGCGCUUGGUGCGUGAAGAGACAGCUGAGUACCGACAACUGCUGCAGUCCCGUUCCGCUGAGGUUGAGGCGCUGAGGAAUGCCAUUGAGUCACUGAGUGCACAACUAGGUGAACUAGAGGAGACGCAGAACACUGAAGUCACCAAUUACCAGGGGAAGAUAAGUGACCUAGAGCGGGACAUUGCUGAAGCGAAAGAUGAAAUGUCACUCUAUUUGCGGGAGUACCAAGACCUGCUUAAUGUUAAGAUGGCUUUGGAUGUUGAGAUUGCGGCUUACAGGAAACUCCUGGAGGGAGAAGAAUUUCGAUUGACAUAUUCCACCCUCCCAGUUCUUGCCUAAACAACUGAAAACACACAUUCAUCAUUUUCUUUCUUUAAAUACUCUUGUGCCAAAUAAAACAAUUUUAGAUCAUAAAAUUACCCUUAAGGUCCUGAAAUACCAACCAUGUUUCAUUUCAAACACCAUGAAGCACCUAGAUUUGUUUUUCCAAAACCACCCUUCUAACCUAGAACCCCCACACCAGACCCUCUUUGCCACACCCAAGUCCAUUUUGCAUUUACCUCCAUUCCUGGUUCUUCAUUUACCUUACCCCAAGCAUCUAACCAUGAAACUAAAUAGUAAAUCAUUGAUUUAAAGACAGACGAGCCCUUGUGUCACACAAGAGGUACAUUAAAAGAGGUCCCCCUUCUUCUUUACACUCUAAAUAAAAAUAUGGCCACCUUGGAGACAUUGCUAAAAGCAGCACUCACUCAGCCAGAGCUCAGUGUCAUGUUGGCUGAAUUCUUGUAGUCGACCUUACAAAGGUAAUAUAUUGUUCUGCAAGUAAAUCUUAAACUUAUUGUAUUUAUGUUUGACUCCUAACACCCGUUGAGCAUCUGAUUAGCCAGCAAGCCCCUGCUAUGCAAACUUUUAACCAAUUGUUUGUGAAGGUGGAUUGUUGUUAAAUCUAGUCUUGCUUUGGGUGAUGUGCAAUGGACUGAAGCUAAUUCAUUUCUUAAUAUGAUACCAGACCAAGAAUAAGCCAACACGACACUGUCAACCAUCCCUGGCUCUUUAGCUUACAUGUACAGUAGUAAGAGCAACAGUUCUGUUAUAUUUUAGCUUAUAGACUGUAUUAUUUACAGUACAUUGAAUGUAGUAGAAUUUAAAUUGCUCUGUCAAUUCUGCUUCUUAUGUUGUGUGUUUUGUUGAGGAUAUCUGAUUGUAUUGUUUCACAGUGUUCGACUUGACAAAAGCAUGACUGAAAAUUAAGAGUAGGAUAAAGUCAUGGUUAAAGAAAAUUAUCAUGCUCUUAUCUGCUUCUGUUGCGUCAUCUAGUUUAUUGUAAGCCAAUUAUCAGUAAUUUGGUAAAUAAUCAAGAAACCGAGCCUGUUUACUACGACAGUCUCUGAACUAAUUGGUGCUGUAUGUUUGCACCAAAAUACAUCCUAAAUAAAGCAAAUACAACACCA